AUGACCAUGUCCUCACCCGCCCUCCGUCUGGGCCUCACAAGACUCAGCAGACGCUCAAUAUGUGAAUCACGGCAUUGCAUCUCCAGUCACCACCUGAGCCGAGGUUUCGUUACGUCUGUCAUUCUUCGCUGUGACAGACAAAACCUCUCUGGCAAACCCUCUUGUGCAGAGCGGUCAGUUGAGAAGAGGACACGUCAGUCUCAGAAGCGAAACUAUAGCUCUGGACUAAAGGCUUUGAGGAAUAAGAACAAGAAACACUCCGAUGCCGCUUCUCCUACACCGGAUUCCCUUACGAUUCUAGGCCAGAGCGCAGACCUCCCCAUCCGCGCUCGAUUUGCCCCGUCUCCUACGGGAUACCUGCAUCUUGGAUCUCUCAGAACAGCCCUCUUCAACAAGCUCGCCGUGCUGGCUUCCAAUGGAGGAUCAUUUAUCCUCCGUAUAGAGGACACAGACCAGAACCGGCUUGUAAAAAAUGCCGAAGAGCGGUUGAUGAAAGACCUCAAAUGGGCGGGGCUAUCAUGGGACGAAGGGCCUGACUGCGGUGGACCGUAUGGCCCCUACAGACAAUCUGAGAGGCUGCCCAUCUAUCGCGAGCACGUCCAGACUCUCUUGGAUCAUGACCAUGCCUACCGCUGCUUCUGCACCCCUGAACAGCUCGAAAACCAGAAGCGUGAGCUCCACGAGGCCGGCAAGCCGACUGUUUAUCCUGGGACAUGCCGCUCCAUCGACGCCGACGAGUCUGAUCGCCGGGCGAAAGCUGGAGAAUCCCAUGUGGUUCGCUUCAAGAGCGACAAGUUUGGUCGGCCGAAGCUUCAUGAUGCCAUCUAUGGGCGAUUCCAGAAGAAGGACGCGGAGGAAGACUUCAUCCUGAUGAAGACUGAUGGAUUCCCCACAUACCAUCUGGCCAACGUUGUUGAUGACCACUUGAUGAAGAUCACUCAUGUGAUUCGAGGCGAAGAGUGGCUCAUUUCGACACCCAAACACAUUGCGCUGUAUGAAGCGUUCGGCUGGCAGCCUCCGAUUUUCUCCCAUCUCGGCUUGCUUGUAGAUACAGACGGAAGCAAACUCAGCAAGCGAAAUGACAGUGUCAACAUCUCCAAGUACCAGAAAGAGGGCACUUUCCCCAUGGCUUUGCUCUCUUGGCUCGCCAAUCUCGGGUCCUCGUUCAAACGAGACGUACAGCCACCCCGGACGGUGGAGGAUGUGGCCAAUGCGUUGACAUUCAAAUUCACCCGGGGGGGUAUCAAGCUGAAUCUGUCAAAGCUGGAAUAUUUUAACAACAGGUACCGGGAUGCGAUGCUCUGGAAACCCAUCGCGGCAUUGGCAGACCAGGAGGCGAAGCUCAUCGACCACCAUCUGACGCAGCCCGUAUUGAGGGAGAUUGAAGCAAUCGCAAACGGGAGCGUCGAAAGCGCAGAGUUGACUUCAAAGGGCUGGCGGCUACCGCUCGAGCUCGUCCCGACAUUAACGGAUCCCACGCAAAAGGCUCCCUACGUAUACAAGGCAAUCGUAGCCAAACAGGGAGGCUUCCAGGCGCCGAGCGAUCUGAUCUCGCAGCAUCCCUACCUCUUUUGGCGGGUGCCGCUGGCCGUUUACAAGGCGUCACUCUCAAAAGAAAAGCCCGAUCAAAAGGUUCUCGAUGCCCUCGAGGAUGCCAUCUCACAGGAGUCUCUCUGGGAUGGCGACUGCCGCCAUGUAAUGCAGGCAGUACAGGAAAAGGUCGAGCCCCAGGGGGUUGAUCAGCUUACGACCCACAAUGUGCUGAGACUGGUCGCUGCUGGCGGGCAAGAUGUUGUUUCGCAGAGCAGUUCCAGGAUGUUUGCUCUCUUGGGCCGAGACGAAUGGGCGCAUCGACUGGACGUCGUCAAAGGGCUUUUGAACGACUUGCACGAAUAG